CCAUUACAACUAAAAUUAUUGAAAAAUACAAUCUUAGCUCUAAUAUGGGCUCGCAGACGCCUUCAGGAUGGUUUUAAAUUUAGCAAUGAGCAGAUAGGUGUAUUGAUACCUAAUCAGAGGAGUGGGAAAAAUAAAACUAUAAAUAUUGUCGAAGGUAAUUGUAGAAUAGUUCUAGCAUCACCCCCAAAAAAUCUAGAAGAAGAGAUUAUCAGAGAAAAAGCAAAACAAAUCUUGCAAAAUAGAUAUGGGUUUAGUGAGGAUCAAGAAGAAACAAUCAGAGAGAUGGCGCGUUGGCUUUUACAGGAUAAACUUAGCAUUAGAGAUGUAAGAGCUGAAGCUUAUGCCUUAGCCCUAUCAGCAAAAAAUGCUAAUGCUGGCUCAUCAUGUCUCACUUGUCUUCGUAGAGAACUAAAAAAUCUUGGCACUCCAUUCCAAAUAAUCGAAGCUACGAAAUUUCCUGAUAUUACAAAAGAUGCCAAUGAAAUUUAG